AUGGCCCUCCUAAAUCCCAUCUACGUCCUCUUCGUCCCCGUUUUGUUCCUCGUCACCGUGCCCAUGGCCCUUUUCGCCGGCAUCACCACCACCCUCGCCUUCUCCCUCCUCAUCUGCCGUGGCAUCCUCGUCUACCUGGACCUGGCCCUGUCCUAUCUGCACCGCGGCCUCCAUGGCCUCCAAGUGCCCGCCCGUCUGCACCGCGCCGCUGCCGCUCGUAGCGACCCGCCCUCGCCCACCUCCUCGUAUCUCGCUCUCCGUCGCCGUCGCCACCGCCGGUCCAGCAACGCCAGCGUCCUCUCCGUGGGCGGCGGCUCCGUCACUCCCGUCCACGAUAUCGGCCUCGGCCUAACUCCUAGCGUUGGUCCUGAGCGUGACUAUGAGGGCCUUGGCGGCUGGCGCGUCGGUGACGACGACAUCUGGACAACCAUCAACUCCAGGCUCGAGCUGCCCGACAGCCGCUAUCCCCGUCACCACCACCGCUCGCCCUCCGGUGGUGGCGCCUCUACCCCUGGCGAGGGCGGCUUCCUUAUGAUGAAGCGCCGCACCCGCAGUCCCGAGAUCAAGACCAUGAAGGCGUCCCUCUCCCCAGGGCCGGCCUCCCCCAACAGCUCCCGAACCAGGACGCCCUCUACCUCUCGCCUUGGCUUCAGCCCAUCCCUAUCGCAAGAGGGCUAUUUCUCCCUCAUCAUGUCGCCGCAGAUGGCCUCUAAAAUGGCUUCCAACAAGUCCGCGGCGCAGCAGCAUUACUCAUGA